UAACUUUCCGUCAAAAUUCCAUGCUUAUAUUCAGGUCCGAGUUUUAUAUGCAAUUUCGUUCCAACUCUUCUCUCUCCCACAAAGUGAAGUCGGUCUGAAAUUCGUAAUGGCUUCAAAGAGGAUUCAGAAGGAACUGAAGGACUUGCAGAAAGACCCCCCUGCUUCUUGCAGUGCAGGUCCUGUUGGUGAGGAUAUGUUCCACUGGCAAGCUACAAUUAUGGGUCCAUCUGACAGCCCAUUUUCUGGGGGUGUUUUCCUUGUGUCUAUCCAUUUUCCCCCAGAUUAUCCAUUCAAGCCCCCAAAGGUUGCCUUCAAAACCAAAGUAUUCCACCCAAACAUCAACAGUAAUGGUAGUAUUUGUCUGGACAUCCUAAAAGAACAAUGGAGCCCCGCCCUUACUGUAUCCAAGGUGCUACUUUCCAUUUGCUCCUUGCUUACUGAUCCAAAUCCAGAUGAUCCUUUAGUGCCAGAGAUUGCUCACAUGUACAAGACUGAUAGAGUGAAGUAUGAGAGUACUGCUAGAUCUUGGACCCAGAAAUAUGCCAUGGGAUGAAAACAUUUGGCUUUACUCCCAUGAACAUCGGGCCUUUAUGCUAUAGUAGUAAAUAAAAAUAGGCGCGGAGCACAAUUUUCUGAUAUUGGUGUCUUUUGCUAUCUGACAUUUUGUCCUCUUUUGUUUGACUGGUUAAAUAUUUAUCAUCUGGUAAAAUCAGAUUUCUUAUCAUAUGGAGAUAUUUCGUUUGUGUUUUUAACAUGGUAUCAAGAAUUUAUGGCCCGCUACCGGCCCAAAAAUUUUUCAUCA